GGCAGCGGUUUUCCGGCCCGAGGGGGAAGAACUUAAGUCCGCACACCGGAAGGGCGGCCCGGAGCGCAGAGCGUGGAGCGGGGAGCGAGGCCGGUAGAGGCGCUGCCGGGCGGCGGGGCAGGCGGUUCUGGUAAACUAGUUGGUCUACUAGACAAGAUGACUCAAUUUGUCAAAACCUUCCGGAACCAUUGGAAGAAAACUACAUUUGGUGCCUGUCUGCUGACCUGGGGAGGACAUUGGCUGUAUGGAAAACACUGUGAUAACCUACUAAGGAGAGCAGCCUGUCAAGAAGCCCAGGUAUUUGGAAAUCAACUCAUUCCUUCGAAUGCACAGGUGAAGAAGGCAACUGUCUUUCUCAACCCCGCAGCUUGCAAAGGAAAAGCCAGAAAUCUUUUUGAAAAGAAUGCUGCCCCAAUUUUACACUUAUCUGGUAUGGAUGUGACUGUAGUCAAGACAGAUUAUGUAGGACAAGCCAAGAAGCUGCUAGAAUUAAUGGAAAACACAGACAUGAUCAUUGUCGCAGGCGGAGAUGGAACUCUGCAGGAGGUUGUUACUGGACUUCUUCGAAGAGUAGAUGAGGUUACCUUCAGUAAGAUUCCCAUAGGAUUUAUCCCACUGGGACAGACCUGCAGUUUGAGCAGUACUCUCUUCCCCGAAAGUGGAAACAAAGUCCAGCACAUUACAGAUGCUGCAUUGGCCAUUGUGAAAGGAGAAACUAUUCCGCUUGAUGUGCUGCAGAUCAAGGGAGAAAAGGAGCAGCCAGUAUUUGCAUUAUCUGGUCUCAGAUGGGGAUCCUACAGAGAUGCAGGAGUCAAAGUUAGCAAAUACUGGUAUCUUGGACCAUUAAAAACCAAAGCUGCUCACUUUUUUAGUACUCUUAAGGAGUGGCCUCAGACACAUCAGGCCUCCAUCUCGUAUGUGGGACCCACUGAGAGGCCGCCCAGUGAACCAGAAGAGAAGCCUCCCAGGCCCGCUUUAUAUAGGAGGAUAUUCCGAAGGCUUGCAUCAUUCUGGACGCGUUCUCAGGAUGCCGACUCCCAGAAGGUAAAGCCAGAGGUCUGGAAAGAAGUGCAGCUGUCCACCCUUGAAUUAUCCAUCACAACACGGAACAGUCGACCCGACCUGAUGGGCACAGAAGAUUUCAUGAACAUUUGCAUUGAGCCGGAUGCUGUCAGUAAAAGUGACUUCAUAAGGAUGGGAAGUCAGAAGAUGAGAGACCCCCACGUGUGUUGUGAAGGCUCUGAGAACCUCCAAGCUAGCCGAUGUACAUUGCUUCUCCCUGAGGGAACAGGUGGGUCCUUCAGCAUUGACAGUGAGGAGUUUGAAGCCAUGGGUGUGGAGGUGACGCUGUUGCCCAAGAAGCUCCAGUUCUUUUGUGACCCAAGACAGAAAGAGAAGAUGCUCCAGAUGCCUGCGCAGUGACCGUAAACCAGGGGACAGAAGCCGACUCUUCUCGAGGAGUGGUGGGGGCACUGCGCUGUGCUUUGCUACUGCACUUGGGGUGAGAGGUGGGACCACACUCAAAUAGCAUCACCCUGUUAUCUUGGGGGCUUCUUCUUGUGCAAAGUGCCCUCUGCUACUUGGAGCACCCCCAAAUGUCCUGUUUACUAUCUGUCAUGUUGCCAGCUUCCAUUAAAAGUGUACUUCAGUUUUUGUCUCGACA